AUGAAUUAUCUAAAGUUAACGUUUGAUAAGCUGGACGUCGGGGCGCUGAACGAUCAGGUGGCACACGAAAGCUGUGGAGCGGUUUCGCUGUUCGUGGGAACAACAAGAGAUAACUUUGAGGGCAAAACCGUGGUACUGUUGCAGUACGAAGCGUACGAAGCGAUGGCACUCAAAACGAUGAACCUGCUGUGUGAGGAGGUUCGAGUCCGUUGGCCGGAUGUGGUUAACAUCGGGAUACAUCACCGGCUCGGUACGGUACCGGUAAAGGAAGCUUCCGUAGUGAUUGCGAUAAGCUCACCGCAUCGGAAGUCUAGCCUUGAGGCCGUCCAUUACACCAUCGACGAGCUGAAGAAAUCCGUCCCCGUGUGGAAGAAGGAGCUGUACGGCGAUGGAGAGGGUAGCUCGGAGUGGAAAGAGAACAGCGAAUGUACCUGGUCGAAGAAGCACAAGGACAACCAUAUACUGUAGUAGACUUGCUAGAGCAAAUACUUUACAUGCGUGCAUGAUCAUAUGCAAUCAUAG